AGCUUUGGAGAGAUUUCUAUCUAUUAAAUUAGCAUUUAGGCAUCUUUUAGAUUAUAAAUUAUAAUUUAUUUUUUAAAUUCCCCCUGGAAAGUAGCAAGUUACCCCUGGCUACAGUGGUCAACAAAGUGAACUUCGCUUUGCGCUGGGUUUAACUUUUAAUCCUUCUGAAAAUUUAAAACUUUGGUGGUAAUCUUUGCAAGAUCUGAUUAGGGCGUUAUAAGCGCUGUGUUAUAAGCGUUAUAAGCGCUGCGGUGAGUUCUGUUGUCCUAACCCGCAAAAGGUGGCAAUACCACGCUGAGGAACCAUGGCAACACUGAUAAAGCUAGUAUUGAGUGCAUUGUUUUGCUUCCCAGUGCUGGGAGGUCCACUCAAGCAAGAAUGGGUUGAGCUAUCGUAUCCAUUUAAUAAUGAGGCCAUUUAUUGGCCUACUUCACUGACAUUCAAGCAUACUAAAGUAUUUGAUGGCUUUACUGAUGAUGGUUUUUACGUCUCAAAAUAUGACAUAAGUGGUGCUGAACAUGGCGGCACUCACUUAGAUGCGCCGAGUCAUUUUGGCGAGGGAAAAUGGACAGCAGAUGAAAUUCCUCUUGAUCGCCUCAUUGGACCUGCAAUUAAGAUAGACAUAUCUUCCAAAGCUGCCGAGAAUCCUGAUGCCCAGUUGAUGCCGAGUGAUUUGGAGGCCUGGGAGAGAAAGCACGGAAAGAUUCCAGAUGAUGUAAUAGUGCUGGUGUUCAGUAAUUGGGGAAGACAUUGGCCAGACAAGAAAAAGUACCUCGGAACUGAUACAGAUGACUUAAGCUUGCUGCAUUUUCCAGGUGCGAAAAUGAGGAAACCACUUUGCUGAUUCACAGUGAUUUCUGACAAAUAUUAAAUAGUAGUGUAUGAUGGCAACAUAAAUCGAAACAACAAAGAAAUGAGUGAAAAUGUGUUCAGCUACU